AUGGCUUCACGGUCUUUCUCCGCUGUAUUCGUCGCCCUCUGUGCCUUCCAGGACAUCAAAUUCGUGACGGGCAACGCCACUGACUGCGACACUGAGUGCGCGACAACUUACCCUGGGUCAUAUUGUAAGUAUUGGAAGACGCCAAGCACUUGCUUCGGCUCGGAUGCCCCGUGCUUCUGCGGCACGAGUGAACCGACUGAAGCUCUCCGAGGUUCCACAUCCUCUGCUGCAGUGACGGAUGAGAUUACUGAGGCCACUACAAGCGAAGGAGGUACGACAGCUGCUCCCGAAGCAACGAGUACGACUGGUUCUGAAGCUACUGUCGAACCCAAAGUAGCGGCCAGUACAGCUGCUAUGACCGAUGAGGUUGCUGUCACUACUGCAGCUCCUGUGACUGCCGAAGUGACCAUAAGCACGGCAGCUGGGGAAGCUCCCGGUAGAGACAAGGAUGAUUCUGAUGCUACCACCCAGGUCGCUACGGAGGCUGCGACUGUCACGACCACGAUCGGUGCCCCUGUUGAGCGUACUACUACUAUAACAUCCCCUCUCUCGGUCAGCACAGCUGCCGUGACCGAUGAGGUUGCUGUUACAACUGCAGCUCCUGUGACUGGCGAGGUGGCCAUUACCACGGCAGCUGGGGAAGCUCCCAGCAGAGACAAGGAUGAUUCUGAUGCUACCACCCAGGUCGCUACGGAGGCUGCGACUGUCACGACUACGAUCGAUGCUCCUGUUGAGCCUACUACUAUCACGUCCCCUCUAUCGGUCAGCACAGCUGCUGUGACCGAUGAGGUUGCUGUCACUACUGCAGCUCCUGUGACUGGCGAAGUGACCAUAAGCACGGCAGCUGGGGAAGCUCCCGGUAGAGACAAGGAUGAUUCUGAUGCUACCACCCAGGUCGCUACGGAGGCUGCGACUGCCACGACUACGAUCGAUGCUCCUGUUGAGCCUACUACUAUCACGUCCCCUCUAUCGGUCAGCACAGCUGCUGUGACCGAUGAGGUUGCUGUCACUACUGCAGCUCCUGUGACUGGCGAAGUGACCAUCAGCACGGCAGCUGGGGAAGCUCCCAGUAGAGACAAGGAUGAUUCUGUUGCUACCACCCCGGUCGCUACUGAGACUGCGACUGUCACUACUACGAUCGGUGCUCCAGUUGAGCCUACUACUCUUACGUCCCCUGUACCGGUCAGCACAGCUGCUGUGACCCAUGAGGUUGUUGCUACCACUGUGGAGACGAUCGAUUCCGAGACUACUCUCAGUCCGAUUGUGUAG